UAUCGGCUCUCGAUUCCAAGGAGAGGGGAAGUUCCCUCUGCCUUCUUGUUCCGCAGUCAAGCAAUUGGUUAAGAGGGAAGGAGAGGGGAGGAGAGGAGCGGCAUUGGAUCGAAGAGGAGAGAUAUGGAUGAGGCUUCGAGUGAUUCCUCCCCACCGCCGUCGCAACUCUCCGCUGUCAACCGCCCACUCAUCUCCGCCAUCCUUGCGUUUGCCAUCGCCCAAUUCCUCAAGCUCUUCACUACCUGGUAUAAGGAAAAGAGAUGGGACUCCAAAAGGUUGCUUGGAUCUGGUGGAAUGCCUUCAUCACAUUCAGCAACUGUGGUAGCUCUUGCUGUGGCUAUUGGUUUUGAAGAAGGCACCGGUGGUUCUUCAUUUGCUCUGGCUGUAAUUUUAGCAUCCAUUGUUAUGUAUGAUGCAUCUGGGAUUAGACUGCAUGCUAGUCGACAAGCUGAGUUGCUUAAUCAAAUAGUAUGUGAGUUGCCUCCAGAGCAUCCUGUAUCUAAUCAUAGGCCUUUGCAUGAACUUCUUGGACACACACCAUUACAGGUUUGUGCAGGUGCCAUCCUUGGUUGCUUAGUAUCGCUUUUCAUGAGAUCACAGUAGUUGCACUUCAUUAGUUGAAGCCGUCUUCACAGUUUGGUCUCUACAAAUCUCAUUCGAACCUUUUUCUUCUCUGCACUAGAUUAUUAUCUUUGUUUGUGUGAGAAUAGCUUUCAUGCUUCGUGUGGAACGAUGUGGGAAUUCUGUCACUUAUGCGAGAUGCAUUUCGAGACAGAAUUACGGUAUACAUUUCUGUAAAGACGACCAAAUAUUUAUGCACUGAAUAGGUGAUUUUAUUUAA